AUGGACGGCAUGGGCGUUGGGGAUGUUUGCGAGAAGGGAUCUCCAGGCUUGGCAUCGUCAAGCACAACACCCUCUGAACCAAAGGAAGAUGGCCAUGUAAUACUGAUUCCCCAUUCCCACAUCUUCGCCCUCAUGCUGCAAGCUCUGAAGUUGCCGCCUGCGAAUUACCAUCAUAAGACAUAUCCGGAAGACAGUGCUGCUAUCGCAGCCAUUAGGUUUAUGGAGAAUGCAUGUGGCAAGGAAAUCAGGGACUAUCACUACACCCACGUAGAAAGGCUGGAAAAUCAAGUCACACUCCUGGAGCGGUACCUGGAUGAAGCAAAAAAGAGAAUCAAGAAGGUACGCAAAGGAUGGUUCUAUGCUGUCAGAUACAUGAGCUCGUAUUCUACUCAGAUACAAAAUACGACAGCUGCUCGUCGCCUAAGAGGGCAGGACAGCACCAAAGGGGCGAUGAAAACAGCACUCGCAAGCACAAGAAAGUUGGCAAAAAGACUACGUUGUAUUGGCCUGAAAUCGGAGCAGUGCCUAGAGACUACAGAUAGUAUCUGGUGA